AUGGACAAUCAUUCCAAAGAGCUUGAUUCUGUCAAUCUUGCAACAAAUAGACCCAAUUGUGGACGAGGUUCUGGUUAUGGUCGCCAGUUGAAUCCUUCUCCACCUCCUCGUGGAUCUUGGAAUCCUUAUGCUAUCAAUCCUAGAGAAAAUUUCUCCAACACACCAGCAGCUCCUCCCCGAUUUCGGCAGAAGUGCACCUCCUCAAUUCUCCAUGAAUACUCCUUCAGCAUCAGCUACAAACAAUUAUUCUGUUUGUCAACUUUGCUCAAAAGAGUUGGUACUGCCAACAUAGAUAGGCAAUCUGCUAACAUUGCCACAACUAACAUUGUCAAGGACCCUGCCUGGUAUCCAGACUCUGGUGCCACAUCUAACUGCACAGCUGAUGCAAACAAUUUCACUCAAAAGGACUCCUAUUUUGGUAAUGAACAAGUUCAUAUGGGCGAUGGUGCUGAAAUUUCCAUUUCAAAUGUUGGUAAGACUUCUUUCACCAUGCCUUACUCUUCUAAACCAUUAUUUCUUAAUCUUAUUCUCCAUGUUCCCCAAAUAACCAAAAAGCUUAUCUCUAUUUCAAAAUUUUCUACUGAUAACAAUGCAUAUUUUGAGUUCUUUCCUGAUCAUUGCUUUGUCAAAGACCAGGUUUCUAAGGAAGUCCUUCUGCAGGGACAUCUUAAUCAAGGUUUAUAUGUCAUUCAUCCUUCUCAAAAUGCAUCUUUCUCAUCAAACUCCAUCAGUUACUUCUCUGAAUAA